GCUUCCUUUCACAACAACAACAAAAAAAAAACACUCCUUCACUCCUCCACUGAAGAUGGAACAACUGGAUCGCAAUGCGCCCCCGUACCCCAUGACCAAUUAAGAGCGAGCCAGCAAUUAUUGUCUUUGAGGAUCCGGACGCGCGCUGACCUGUCAUCUUUUCACGCUUUCAAAAGAGACACAUUUAGAUAUUUUUGAGCUGUGUCCCCUCAUCCGUCUUUUUAAGUGUAACACGUCGUUUGUGUGGAUUAUAUGAAGGUGGCUGGACCUUGAGGACGGAGUGCGUCAAGUGAGCGCACGUAUCCAACAAGUGGAUGCAUGAAUUUGAUCGCGGCAGACAAACGCCGGGACUGAACACACAGACAGUCGGUGGAUUGAUAACCUAUAAAUCUGUGUAUCGAUUGAUCGUUUUACAACUAAGACAAAUAACCCGCACAGCUCAGAUGUGGAGCUUGUCUUGUUUGGCGGUGAUGUAUAUAUGUGCGCAUUGUCUCGGUCUGAGGUAGUUUUUGUAUCUAGUGACUUUGUGUAUUAACAGUGAUUUUUUUUCAAGCAUAGAACAAAACUGCAAUGAGGUGAGACAUCUCCUACAUUUUCCCCGUCGUUAACCAAAAGCCAGAUUUCGGCGGACACGCUGCGGAAUCCACCGUCUCCCACCUCACCCCUCGCCCCCCAUCCAUGGACUCGCUUCUCCGCUCCCUCGGUGACCGCGGGGGGAAGUUGGGAUCCUCUCUGUAGACGUUUCUGUAUGACGAGGGCGCAGGUGGCAGCCAAAGGUCGCAGUCAUGCCGAUGCAUCCAGUCACCUCCACGCUGAUGUACCGGGGGAUCUGCACCAUCCCCGACAUCCUCUCCUACAGCGCCCCGGUGAACCUGCCCGAAGACGAAGUUGAAGAGAUCCGCGAGGCCUUCAAAGUGUUUGACCGCGAUGGGAAUGGGUUCAUCUCAAAGCAGGAGCUGGGGAUGGCCAUGCGCUCUCUGGGCUACAUGCCAAACGAAGUGGAGCUGGAGGUCAUCAUCCAGAGACUGGACAUGGACGGCGAUGGCCAGGUGGACUUUGAGGAGUUUGUCACUCUUCUGGGCCCAAAGCUAACAGCAGCUGGGAUGCCAGAUAAAUUCAACGGCACUGACUUUGACUCCGUUUUUUGGAAGUGUGACAUGCAGAAGUUAACGGUUGAAGAGCUGAAGAGGCUUCUGUACGACACCUUCUGUGAUCACCUUUCCAUGAAAGACAUCGAGAACAUCAUUAUGACUGAGGAGAACCACAUAGAGAACCCUGGGGAAUGCCAGGUGGAUAUAGACAGUUCCAGCCCAACGCAGCAAGUCAAGCAAACUUGUGUGCGCAAGAGCCUGAUAUGCGCCUUUGCCAUCGCUUUUAUCAUCAGCGUCAUGCUCAUCGCAGCCAAUCAGGUGCUGAGGAGCGGCAUGAAAUAGGAGCAGCGGGACUUUCAGCCUCUACCACCAACUAAAGGCUGCCUCACUGAUAAAUGAAUGAGGAGAUGAAGCUAAAAAAACAAACAAACACAACAGACAAUCACACAGCUGUAAAACAGGCCAACAUAUGACUGUAGAAUAACUGGAGUCACCAAGGACGCUAUGUGCAGGAAUCUGUCUUGGAGUCAGAGACAUGCUGACUGCAUACAAAGUUUCAAGGACAACAGGACCUCACAUACAAAGAGACAGCAGUGUGUUCGACUUGGACAACUGACUAUACAUAUCACUCUUCGUAAUACAACAUUUAGUAUUCAUUAGCUAUGUGCAUUUGAGCAGUGUUGCAUUCAGUAUGGUGGCAGCUAUAGAGAGAAGUGUAGUGAGUGUUGAGUUUGUAUUUGUCCAGUGUACCAUGCGAUUUAUUAUAAAACAAGUAGAAAUAAAUCUAUGAAAUAUUGUAGGGACAUUGGAGAAAAUCUAUUCCUGAGGCUGGAAAGUGUUUCAUACAAGGUCUUGAGUGCACAGUCUUGUGGAGAUAUUGUAUGUAGUGCAACAUUGUUCAAAAACCAUUUGGGAAAAAAUAAUAGCUUGGUAAGAAACAGAUAAAAGAGUUUGCAGGGAGGCGCAUAUGAUUGUGUGGAUAGUUUCACUCAUUCACAGGCUGCAUAGCUUCAGAGGAUAGAGCAGGGUGAAGCAGGUUAACAGCUCUCAGAAGGAAAGUGUAUGGACAGGUAACUGGCUGGAACGUGACUGGACAUGCAGAAAACACUUGACUCUCUGUCUCCACAGUGAGGCUUUGCAGGCAUCAGUGAUGACCAUCAUCUAUGCAUGAAAUGCAUGGAUUUAAACAGUUGUCUUGACACAUUUGUAAAAGUUCUUAUCCGUGUAUUAAUCAUUAUGACUGUGUAACAGAACUGUUUUAAAUUACUUAAUGACUGUGAGCAAUUGUGUGUGGUGCAGGGUAUCAGCAAUCACAACAAAAGUAAAGCAUACAACUGCAUGAAAAAGAAGGGCUGCUUUAGUACAUGCUCGUAAAAAAUAGCUGCGGGAUUGCUAAGCUGAGGACCUUUUUCCGCCCCUGGGCGCCUAAUAUUCAUCUUUCACUGCCACAGAAAAGCAUACCGCUUCAAGACGUGUGCAACUGAACCAUUUAAAGAAUAUGCAUCAAAACUGAUCUGGUUGGUAGCGUUGAUACAAACAUGCAGGAAUGUAUUUUGUUCUUAAAAAAAAAAAAGUUAUUUUCCAUCUGGAUGAGUUGCUAUGGAGCAAUAAAUGUGUGUAAAAUAAACAUCUAACAAUGCUUUGAACAGACAUGAAGCUUCAAAAACGUUCAGCAUCUAUGGACCUGAACUGUUGUGGUCAAAUGUUCUAUAGCACUUUUCAAAUUAAUGUUUUGGCAAUACAAGAUAGACAUUGGUUCUGAUGUUCAAACAGAAGACAACCCUCUUUAUUCAGUGAGAUACAAAGAUCAGACAGAUGGUUGGUAACCUGGCUGUCAGAAGCUGCCCAGUGCAUUGGUGUUUGACAGGGGCCAAAUGGUGUAAACUAUUGCAAUAAAACAUUAAUAUCUGUGAAGCAUCACAUGAAUUUGAUCGAACGUAGUUUAGAUUGUUGUGCAUGCAUCUGGGUAAGGUCUGUCACUGUCAAUGUGUGUUGUACAUAAACCAACUUCAACCAAAGCUUUGGAGGGAUUUGUGACUGGGCCACAUAAUGAUGAAAUUAAUAUUAGAGUAAUUGAGAAGAACCAGAGACAGAAGUCAAAGAUUCAGUUAAAACACAUUUGUUUCAAAACCAAAUUUGAAAAUUUGACAGGGCCAAGACAUGUUUGGAAAGGUAAAAGAAAAAAAAAGGCCCAUCAGCACACCCUCAAAAACUAGACACUGCAGAAUAGAGAUCUAAAUAAUUCACAUCUUAUGAAUAUCCCUUUUUAGGAUUGCUAUUGGCAGCUCCCCAAACUUGGAUUUCACACAAGAGCCAGAACCUCACAGAGGCAACAAAAUUAGACUAUCCUAUCGCCCAGAGCCAGGCGGGAUAACGAUUAUCUGAUGCACCCGGGCAAUUUGUCAAAAGUGUCAACUCUGAGGGGACACACUUAGAAAAAGAGAGAGAAAAAGCCCAUUUAUUAACAAAUACUUUUGUUUCCAUUUUGCACUUUAAGAUGUGCUGCAGCGCACAACAACAACAACAACAACAACAACUCACCGCCAUGAUUGUUCAUCCAUUUCCAGAUAAAAAGAAUUACGUUACCAUAGAUGUAUCUAUUUUUGUGAUAAGAAUGUGAAGGACUAGAAUAUUAACUGACUGAUAAAUGAUAUUGUCUCCUUAGUUUUCUAUUAUAUCACUACUGGGGGAACAUCUUCAUGGGGAAUAAAGUUAUUAUAAUAAUUUGAAUUGUUGCCUUAUUCUUUGAGACACUUUGGCAUUGUGCAUAGAUAUACACCAAUCACAGGUUUAUAAUUUAUCACCAGAGCAAAAUGUACAAAACAAUAUUUAUUUUCUUUUUGCAGAUGAAAAAAACUGUAUGAACAUGUUGAUAGUCUAUUGAAUGUUCUGUUUCCAUUGUACUGUACUUUGAUACCUGUCUUGGAUCUUGCAAAAAUGUUUAUUAACCAUGUGAUAUCUGUUCAUUGACUCCACCCGAUG